AGAAGUAAGAAAAAAAAACAGAGAAAAAUCUAAUACCAGCAACAACGUUAUUUCCUUGCAUCCACUGAUCCAUACAAACAGUUUUGUAGUGAAACAUUUCCAGUGUGCAGCUGGAGCUGAAUCUCAAUGAUUCUAUAUUGCUAAGCUACACUUUUGGGGGAAUCAUCAUUGUCCAAACUUCAAUAUAUUAUUAUUCAGGUGGUUAGCAACGAUUUCUGAAGUUGCUGAAAGCAAUACUUGGAGGGGGCACGGUUAAGAAUCAUUGGUAUAGUAGGAAAUUUUGAUGGUAAUUAUACUUAGUGCAUAGGAAGGGGAGUAAUGGCUACUGCUGCAGUUAUUGGACUCAGUGGAGGGAAGAGGCUAUUGAGUUCAUCUUACUAUUACUCUGAUAUUAUAGAAAAGCUUUCUUGUAGCAGUGACUUUGGGUCCACACACUAUCAGAUUGUUCCUGCAAAAUCGGUAACGGUUGCCAAGAAGUCAUCCGACUACACACAAGCUUUUCCGGCAUCUGAUCGGCCGAAUCAGUCUAUCAAGGCUCUUAAGGAACAUGUUGAUGGUGUCCCUGCUGCUGCAGAGACAUGGUUUCAAGAAUGCGAUUCUAAUGACUUAGAGGUGGAAAGCUCUGACUUGGGUUACUCUGUGGAGGCUCUUCUUUUGCUGCAGAAGUCAAUGCUUGAAAAGCAGUGGAGCCUUUCAUGUGAGAGAGAAGUUCUUACGGAGCAUCCGAGGCAAGAGAAAAGCAGUAAGAAAGUGGCAGUAACUUGUUCCGGGGUGUCUGCGAGGCAAAGAAGAAUAAAUACCAAGAGGAAGAUCCCUGGUAAAACUGGCUCUGCGAUGCAAGCUUGUGAUGCUAUGCAGAUGAGGUCCUUGAUCAGUCCUGAACUGCUUCAAAACCGUUCGAAGGGCUAUGUGAAAGGUGUAGUGAGUGAGCAAUUGCUCUCUCAUGCUGAAGUUGUAAAGCUAUCGGAGAAAAUUAAAGUUGGCCUUUCCUUAGAUGAGCAUAAGUCCAGACUGAAGGAAAAAUUAGGAUGUGAACCCUCAGAUGAUCAAAUUGCAGCUUCAUUGAAGAUUUCUCGAUCUGAACUACGAGCAAAAACGAUAGAGUGUACUUUGGCAAGAGAAAGGCUGGCUAUGAGCAAUGUUCGAUUAGUUAUGUCUAUUGCUCAAAGAUAUGAUAAUAUGGGGGCUGAAAUGGCUGACCUUGUUCAGGGUGGCUUGAUUGGACUACUUCGUGGGAUUGAGAAAUUUGAUUCUUCAAAAGGGUUUAAGAUUUCAACUUAUGUUUAUUGGUGGAUACGUCAGGGGGUUUCAAGAGCUCUAGUUGAGAAUUCGAGAACAUUAAGAUUGCCUACUCAUUUGCAUGAGAGGUUAUCUUUGAUCCGCACUGCAAAGUUUAGACUGGAAGAGAGAGGCAUUACUCCAACUAUUGAUAGAAUUGCAAAAAGCCUUAACAUGUCCCAAAAGAAAGUCAGAAAUGCUACAGAGGCUAUCAGCAAAGUUUUCUCGCUUGAUAGGGAAGCAUUCCCCUCUCUGAAUGGUCUUCCAGGAGAUACUCAUCAUUGUUACAUUGCAGAUAAUCGACUGGAGAACAUCCCAUGGCAUGGAGUAGAUGAGUGGACACUGAAGGAUGAAGUGAACAAACUCAUCAAUGUGACCCUUGUGGAACGAGAGAGAGAAAUUAUUCGUCUUUAUUAUGGAUUAGAUAAAGAAUGUCUUACGUGGGAAGACAUUAGUAAACGGAUAGGAUUGUCUAGAGAAAGAGUAAGGCAAGUUGGGCUUGUUGCAUUGGAGAAACUAAAACAUGCCGCAAGGAAGAGAGAGAUGGAGGCCAUGCUAUUGAAACAUUGAUAUAACUCUUCAUGAAGACAUAUUACAGUGUAUAUAUACAGAAAGGAAGGAUGUACCUAGAAAAUUGUCUUCCUUGUCCAAAAUAGAUGAAAGAGGACGAUACAAGGGAACAUUGAAGAUUUGUAAACCUUGUAAAAAUAUUGACUGUUGGGAAAAUUAUGUUUUAUCAAAUAUGUUGAGGGUUUAAAUUA